GCGUGCAGACAGGCAGAGAGUAGAGGCAGAACAAGGACCAGAAGUUUGUGCGUUGGAGAUGAAAGACUUCCUCCAAAACUUUUAACAUCACUUUGCUGCAUUUUGGAGGUUUUUGAAACUUUUUCCCCUGACGAGGAGACUGCUGUUUUUUUGUUUUGUUUCCUGUUCAUUCUCAUUUCAUUCACACUCAUCCAGACAACAUCAUCUUUCUUCAUCAUCAUCUUCAUCUUCUUCUGGAAGGAUCGCGGUGCUACAGCAGGUCUUCUUUGCCUUCAUUGGACAUCAUCGUUGAGUCCGGUCGUCAUGUCCUCCGGUGACAGCUCGGAGCAGAGUCGGCGGGUCAGCGUGCUGUCUUGGGAUCAGGUGCAGCGUUUGGACUCCAUCCUGGGCGAGAGCGUCCCGAUCCACGGCCGAGGAAACUUCCCCACACUGUCCGUGCAGCCCCGGCAGAUCGUCCAGGUGGUCAGGGCUCGACUGGAGGAGCACGGCGUGGUGGUACGUGACGUCAAGCUGAACGGAUCAGCGGCCAGCCAUGUGCUUAACCAGGACAACGGCCUUGGCUACAAAGACCUGGACUUGAUCUUUGGCCUGAGUCUCACUGAUGACAGAACCUUCCGGCUGGUGAAGGACGUGGUGCUGGACUGCCUGGUGGACUUCUUGCCUGAAGGGGUGUGCAGGGAACGGAUAACAGCCCUCGCCCUCAAGGAAGCAUACGUGCAGAAACUGGUGAAAGUUUGCAAUGACACGGACCGUUGGAGCCUCAUCUCGCUGUCAAACAACACAGGCAAGAAUGUGGAACUGAAGUUUGUGGACUCCCUGAGGAGGCAGUUUGAGUUCAGUGUAGACUCCUUCCAGAUCACUCUUGACUCGCUGCUGCUUUUCGACCGCUGCUCAGAGACGGCCAUGUCUGAGACCUUCCACCCUACAGUGCAGGGGGAGAGCAUGUACGGAGACUUUGAGGAAGCUCUGGGUCAUCUUCGCUCCAGGACUAUCGCCACCCGCAGCCCAGAAGAGAUCCGAGGCGGCGGGCUGCUCAAGUACUGUCACCUGAUGGUGCGGGGCUUCAGGCCUUCCUGUGAAACUCUGAUAAAACAGAUGCAGCGCUACAUGUGCUCGCGAUUCUUCAUCGACUUCCCCGACAUAGGCGAGCAGCAAAGAAAACUGGAGGGGUAUCUGCAGAACCACUUUGCCGGCAUGGAGCACAAGCGCUACGAGUACCUGAUAACGCUGAGGAGAGUGGUGGACGAGAGCACCGUGUGCCUGAUGGGCCACGAGCGCAGACAGACUUUGGCACUUAUUUCCGCUCUGGCAUUGCGUGUAAUGGCUGAACAGAAUGCUAUCCCUGCGCUGGCCAACAUCACCUGCUACUACCAGCCCGCUCCAUAUGUCAGAGACGUCAACUUCAGCAAUUACUAUGUGGCACAAGUUCAGUCACCAAUGACUGCAUGCAGGAACACUUAUCAAACGUGGCUACCUUGCAGCUGAGCAUUGACUUUAAGGACGUCCGGAGAGCUUUCCAUUUUGUCCUUACAUUGAUGUUCACUGAGCUCUCAUUUGAACGCUCAGUACCUCUGUAGCAUUGUGGCUUUUUUGGAUGGAGGCCCAAGGUGGACAAAAAGGAACCAGUGUACCUUUUUAUGCCAAAUCUUAUAUCAAAAUCAUUCCACUAAGUUAUGUUGAUUGAAACUGCUGUAAAAAAAAACAAAAAAAAAAAAAAACUAAAUCGAGCCUUUAUAUCUUUUUAUUCUGUUGUCCUGUCAUAACCUAUGUGGACAUGUAUGGAAAAUCAUGAAGGGUUGACAAAGGAACUGUGCUAGUUCUGUUUCUUGUCUGAUGGAGGCUUGUUUUGGGUCUUAUACGAAAUGUAAAUAACUUUGUUAAAAAAAAAA